UUACGUCUCCCCUGAAGAGUCAUUGCGCUACGUGUACGUCACCCGGAAGCAGGAAGUGUUCAGGAGCUUGUGAGUUGUCGUGGAGGCUUUGCUGCUGUUGUCGGUCUCGUCUUCCUGUUGGCUCAAAUGGCGAGCUUCACGGGUCCGGGUCGGACCGGUCCGGGACUCUGGUGCUGGGCUCUGGUCCUGCUGAUGCUGGCGGAAGCGAGCUGGCCGGUGGCGGCCGUGUCGGAACCGGGGAAGUGGAACCUGGACAUCAAUAGCGCUGUCCUGAAGGACCAGACGUACUUCUUCUACAGUAAAACUCUGUUCAAUAACAGCUUUAUCAGUAUCAAAUUUGUGUCAAAAGACUGCACCGCCUCUCACCCGAUCCUGAACAUUUCCUGGUAUCUGAGGAGCUCGCGCUGCAGCGACGAAGUCUUCAACCUGGACAAAGAGCUGGCAAAAGACUACUCCGUGUCCGAGAGCGUCAAGAGAGAAGGAGGAACUGGGUCCUAUUCUUCACACACGUAUGAUACAAUCCACUGUGACCAUCAGAACCCCAAGUUCAACCUGAAUCAAUCGGAGGCGAUACAUCCACUGAAACCACUGCAGCAGGCACAGCCAAGCACAGGAAACGCUUCAGGGAGACGAAAGAGAGAGGCUCCAAAGCCACAGUCAGCAAAGACGAACGACACCGUCAAAGAUCAAAAACAGGCUGGGAAUCCUGGUUUCGAUGCUACUUUAUAUAAUGCUUUUAGUCACCGUCUGAUACCCACUCUGUUUGCAUUUGCAGUCGAGAUCAGUAUGAAGGGUCCACAUGGCUUUAUAUCGGCGUCCGAAUGGCCUCUAAUGAUGUUCUACAUGGUGAUGUGCAUCGUGUACGUGCUGCUCGCCGUGCUCUGGUUGGUUCUGUCCGCGUGUUACUGGAGGGACCUGCUCCGGAUUCAGUUCUGGAUCGGAGGUGUCAUCUUCCUGGGCAUGUUGGAGAAAGCCGUUUACUAUGCCGAGUUCCAGAGCCUCAGAUAUGAAGGCGUGUCAGUCACCGGGGCGGUGGUGUUUGCUGAGGUGCUCUCUGCAGUGAAGAGAACUCUGGCCAGAGUGCUGGUCAUCAUCGCCAGUCUGGGAUACGGCAUCGUCAAGCCGAGACUCGGCGCUCUGCUGCACAGAGUCGUUGGCGUUGGUCUGCUCUACCUGAUCUUCUCCAUCAUCGAGGGACUCUUAAGAGUCAACGCUGAUCGAGGGGACACCAGCAGUAGAGUUUUGUGUGACAUAGUGCUGGCCUUCACUGAUUCCUGUAUUGUCUGGUGGAUCUUUGUGAGCCUGAUUCAGACGAUGAAGCUGCUGCGCCUCAGGAGGAACGUGGUGAAGCUCUUGCUCUACAGACACUUCACCAACACGCUCAUCUUUGCUGUCAUAGCGUCGGUCAUCUUCAUCAUCUGGACCACGAAGACCUUCAGGAUGUCCAAAUGUCAGUCUGACUGGAGGGAGCUGUGGAUAGAUGACGCUUUCUGGCGUUUCUUGUUCUCCAUCAUCCUAUUGGUCAUUAUGUUUCUAUGGCGACCGUCAGCCAAUAACCAGAGGUACGCCUUCAGUCCUCUGGUGGAUGAAGAGAGCGAUGAAGAGGAGAAGGAGCCCAUGAUGAACGAGGCUUUUGAGGGGAUGAAGAUGAGGGGCGUGAAGAAUGAGGCCAACGGCUCAGCCAAAGCUAACAAAGUGGAUGAGGACCUGAAGUGGGUUGAGGAGAACAUCCCGUCAUCUAUUGCAGAUGUCGCCCUGCCGCCCCUGCUGGACUCUGACGAGGAAACGAUGACGACCAAGUUUGAGAUGUCCAAGAUGGAGUGAAGCACAAAAGAGAAGCUUUUUUAAAAAACAAGAGACUGGCAUCACCGAGAGGUACGCCCACGUGACGAGGAGGAGGGAGAGAUGAAGGAGGGAACCGAUGGGAGCGAGAGCUCACUGUCGCCGUGUGAUUUCAUCCCUGAACUUAUGAGCUUUGUAAGCCUUGACCUGUACAUACGCUGGGAGCAGAGUUGAUGCUCAGAUCCUUUUAUUUCCUGUUUGUACUUAUACGCCUCUCUGUAUACUCUGCAUACACAAACAGUAUAUUUUGACCGAUUUAACGUUAAAUGUUUUGUGUUUGUUGGAUUUUUCACGUUUACACGCGCAGGUGUCUGUCUCCUCACUGCAGUGGGUUUUGGGGACUUUUUUGGUUUGUUUGGUUUUUUAAGCUGAAUGAAAAAAUUGUGUUUUGAUUUCUUCAACCUGCAGAGACUUAAAUUGUGAAUCAUAAAAGUAAAAUGUGAGUAAACAUGGAGUAUUUCUGAUGAA